AUGAUGCCAUCUGAUACACACAAGAUUGUUAUUCACAAAACGCCUGCUGGAGAAUAUGUGCGAAGAUUCAAUGCUCCAACUAUAGAUGAAGUGGUAAUUGUUAUAGUCGGAGAUCAAUUCCAACCUAGAGAUAAAGUUGCAGAAACUCAUCGAUGCUACGAUGCCCUGCAAUAUCCAAUCAUUUUUUGGGAUGGUGCCGAUGGAUAUCACUUCAACGUUAAGAUGAUAAAUCCAGUCAGUGGUGAAGAAACAAAUAUGAUAUGCAGCGCAAUGAACUAUUAUUCAUACCGAUUAAUGAUUCGAGAGAAUGAAGACAACACAUAUUGA